CUAAACCACCUCAUUCCCCAACCAAUUUCGCCAUGGAAGCGGACGGGGCCUCGCCGCCGCCGCCGCCGUGGGCGCAGAACAAGUCGGCCGCGGCCAUGGAGGCGUCGUCGGGCCCGCUCGCCGCCGCGGCCGCCCGCCUCUCCGCCCGCUCGAGGGCGCUCCCCUCGUCCCGCGACUUCCACUUCUACAGCAACUUCCCGGCCUUCAAAUCCCCCGUCGGCGCCGCGGCCGCCAAGGCCGACGCCGCGCUCGGCGUGCUGGGCGCGGCCCCGCUCCUCCCGGCGCGGCAGCAGCCGUUCCCGGGGGCCGCCGACCUCGACGACGCGCACGACUGGCUCGUCGCCCUCAACGACGACCUGCUCGAGCGGUUCGGCGCCUCCAUGGACGAGUUCAAGGCGCUGAGGGAGAAGGAGGAGGCGUCCGGGCGGAGGGCGGCCCCGGAGGCCGGGGACGGGUUCCAAGUGGUGUACGGGAAGAAGAAGAAGGUGGGCGAGGGGGAGGGAGGCGUUGGAAGAGCUGAGGCCUUCGGGGCCUCCAGCUCCGUGAAGGUGGCCAAGGACAAGGCGCCCGCGCCGGGGACCAAGGCGAAGGUACCCUUCCACAUCCGCACCAUCCCGCGGCCGCAGGACGUGUACCGCAUUGUGGUGGACAACUUGAGCAAGCCGUUCGAGCAUGUUUUGCUUGAGCGGAGUGAGGAUGGCACCCGUGCCGUGCACCCAUUGGAAAAACUCCCCAUUGAACAACUAAUGGACAGAAAUGUUCCUGACAGUGAGCCUGUAAAGCCACCUGCAUUAGAUGAUACCCCUUUUACAUUUGUUGAAGAUCUGAAAACCUUGGAGGUGCUAGCCACAAAGCUGAAGAGUGCAACUGAAUUUGCUGUUGAUUUGGAACACAACCAUUAUAGGUCAUUUCAGGGUCUGACAUGCUUGAUGCAGAUUUCAACAAGAACAGAGGACUUUAUUGUGGACACUCUUAAGCUUCGCAAAUAUCUCGGCUAUUACUUAAGAGAUUUUUUCAGAGAUCCAACCAAGAGAAAGGUAAUGCAUGGCGCAGGUCGUGAUAUAAUAUGGCUUCAACGAGACUUCAGCAUAUAUGUGUGCAACCUUUUUGACACAGGCCAGGCUUCAAAGAUCUUACAGAUGGACCGGAACAGUCUGGAGCAUCUUUUGCAGCAUUUCUGUGGAGUGACCGCGAACAAAGAGUACCAGGCUGCAGAUUGGAGGUUGAGGCCCCUUCCUGAUGAAAUGAUCAAAUAUGCUAGAGAAGAUACACACUAUCUGCUAUAUAUAUAUGACCUGAUGAGAUUGAGACUAGUGAAGGAGUCAUCAGGUGACAGUGAUAUGCUUUUAGUGGUUUGCAAGCGCAGCAAUGAAAUUUGCUUGCAACUAUAUGAGAAGGAGCAGCUGACUGAUUCGUCGUAUCUACAUAUACAUGGGUUGAAAGAAAUCGAGCUGGAUGCAAGACAGCUGUCAGUUCUUUCUAGUCUAUAUCGAUGGAGAGAUGGCAUCGCCCGUGCUGAGGAUGAGAGCACUGGCUAUAUAUUACCAAAUAAGAGUCUACUUGAGAUAGCAAAGGAGAUGCCUGUGACAAAUGGGAAGUUAAAAAGAAUUGUUAAAUCAAAAAAUUUUGACCGCCACCUCAACACUGUCAUUAACACUAUUAGGGAUGCCAUAUCAGCUUCUGUUGCUUUUGAGAGUAUAGCAGAGCAACUAAAGAAGGGAAAGCUGGAAGAGUUAACAGUGACAAAUAUGAUGAACAGCAGUGAAGAUGCUGAAAUGAUCCCUGUUGUUGAUGUUGAUAACAAUGAAGAUGCAAUUGAUGAAUCUGCUGUAGUUUCCACAGUGAUUACAAAUGUUUGUACUGCUUCUCCCUGUGUGGGAACUGUUACAAGCGGAGCAUCUUUUGAUAAUAUGCAUUUAGAGGACUUCACGCCUGAAAAUGAGAACUUGGGGACUUCGUCAGGGUUUACUGGAGAGGCAGAUAAGGGAACAUUAAGCAAUGGCCAGCAGCAAGUAAGGAGAAUCCAUUUUACAUGUGCGUCUGCUGUAUUUCUGGCCUUGUAUUCAAAUAUCUGCAUUUUCCAGGUAGUAAAGGCCACUGUUCAAGUAUCGAAGAGGACUACAGCUUUUGGUGCUCUGUUUGGAAAACCAGCUGCUGGAAGAAGGCCGAAUCUUUUCCAACGGUUUUCAAAUGACCAGGGUAAGAGUAAGGUGGAUAAGAUAACAUCUUCUGUGGUACUACCUUUCCAUAAUUUCUCUGGUAGUGUGAAACCUCCAUCAGGCAACCUUCCACUGAAAGAACAGGCGCAUUCUGAACCAGAAAGCAUCCAAUACAGUGAUCCAGCCUGUCAGACAGAAGACGUGAUACAGUUGGACACUGAAACAGAUGAUCCUCGACCACCAGAAAGUCGUAAUGAUGAUGAACAUGAGGAACCCAAAGACAUGGAAAUGUCCAAGUCCCCUUCAGAUGUUCCCUCUGAUACUGAGCAAAGAUUCCGGUCACUCAACGAAGAGAGAAAUGUUCAGCAGAAUCAGAGGACACCUCAAGAACCUGAAUUUAGAUUCCCACUGGUGCCUUUUGACUAUGCAGAAGCUAGAAAGAAUCUUGUGUCUGGCGAGCCUAAAGCUGAGAGGAAAAAAGACGAUGCUGUUGCCAGGCCCAUAAAUACGGAUUCUGGAGAUAAGAAGCUAACUUCAAACAAACCAGGCGUUGGAGAGAACGAUGGGAAUUUCCAGCAUCCACGAAGGCGGCAGGCUUUCCCGCCUUCUGGCAAUAGAAAUCUUACGUAUCACUAAUAGUUGAGGUGCAGUAUAACUACGUAUUGUGAUGUUCCUUCCAAGAUUAUAGGUAAAAGAGUACGACAAAAUGGGAACACAUGUUGUAUUCGGGAAUAUUCUGUGGGUAGAGAGUAGAGACAAAUCCUUGGAACUUGUCCAUUCACUAGAAGAGGCUGCCACCUGCGUUGUAGUGUCCUAGUCCUAGUGUUGCUAACCUGAACUUAUGGUUGACUUUGAGACAAUUGUUAAGUAAUGCAAAAUUUAAUAUUUGGAACUUGCGAAUUCA